AUGGCUGACCCGUUGAGUAUCGCAGCAUCAAUCGCUGGUCUCAUCUCCGUCACCGUCGAGACAGCAAAAUUCCUCGCCCCUUAUGUAUCGGCCGCCAAAGAGACACCACAGAUAGCCGCCCAUGUGUUCUCUGAAAUUCAGAGCAUAGAGGUUAUCUUACAGGGGCUUCAGAGCCUCACUGCGAACUUUGCCUCAGUCAAAGCACAACACGCUGCGUUGAUUGGAGUCAGUCAGGUUGUCACUAUUUUGACUGACGGCGUACUUUUGUUUUCGGAAUUGCAGAAUGAGCUGGAUUCUUUACCAGCCAAAGACGAGGCUGAUGAGGGAGUCUCACUGUGGUCGCGAUUGCAAUGGGCGCGCAAGGAAAGCUCUCUCAACACUCUUAUUGUGAGACUACAGAGUUUCAAAAGCUCGACAACUUUGAUCUUGAUGAUACUGAAAAGUGAUUCCGAUCGAUUAGCAGCCGUACACCAAGACGAGUUAUCCAACAAUAUUAAAGCCCUGCUUGACACGAACCAUUCCCUGUCACAGAGAUUGAUGGGAUUGGAGGAUGCUUUGGAAGCACAGACGAUCCGGACGAAGUCCAAUAGUAUUUUAACACUGCCAGGACGCCAUGAUCAAUCCGACCUUCCGUACACACCACUAUCAUCAACCAAUACAGAUGAUAGCAACUUAUUCAAGUUCGAUUUUGAAGACGACCUUGAAUCUUCACGGGUCUACAGGCGUACGAAACGGGAUACCGUGGACUUUUCCUUCUGCAGCUCGAUAUUACGGUCCAAUUCCUGGUCCGUCUUCUCCGGAUUGAGUCUCAGCGACAUAUCCUGCUUAUCGGUUAUAGCAUUGCCGGUCUAUUCAGAUGACAUUAUCAAUGCCCAUCACUAUAACUUUGGAGAGUCCGCGUCUGUAGCACCGUCCCUUGGAGGGUUUUCUACCGAGCACAGAUAUGUGUGGAGAGAUGUGCCUAAGCUCUGGGAGAAUGAACCUUUGCUAUCUGAAUGCCACGACCUGAAGCUUAAAAUGCUGCAAUUGCCUCGAAUGGCCAUCUUCUUCGAAAACAUACCUUCGCCUCUUGAUCCCUUUCAUCAUCUUUGGGAAGUUUUUCGGCAGGCCUUUCCUCUAAUUGUCCUUCUCCAAGCUCUGAACCCACCGAUUACGGUUCCCGACAUACAAUUGUCUCUCAUUGAAGGGCAGGUUGUCCCAAUCGAUUUUAUAUGCAAAAUUUCGACAAGGGAUAAGAACAAGAUAGCCAUGUGGUUCAUCCUGUGUUGCCAUCACGAGCUAAAUAUACCUGUGGAUAACCUGUUCACAAUAUCCGAUUUGAUGUUUGGUGAUUGUUAUGGCUUUUUCAAAGUACUUCCAGUUAUAUCACUCAUCACAGAGAAGCUGAAGGUCAAAGGGAUUGUGAAGGAUUACUAUCCUUUGCUUAGUAUGAGACACAUGGAAUAUCCUCAAAUGAUCAUAGGCUUUGUCUCUGGUCAACGGAAGGCCGUUCAGGAUAUCGAUAAAUUCGCCAAAGCCAUGCAUAAAAUAGCAUCAUGUUCGAAACCAGAAGGAGAUCGACGCUUUAUCAAGACAUUGAACUUGGCAGCAAAGAUAGCUGCCAAGCACAUUAAUCUACUCACAAAGAUGGAAAAGAAUCUUUUCCUUCCGAUCUCUGAACAUAGAUGGAGACCUGUGUUCGAGUUAUAUCUCAAGGAUAUUGAUCUAGAGAUAUUGCUGAUGACGAAGGAGGUGACGAAACUUCGCUUUUUUCUUUCGCCUGGACUCGGUACAAGCGACGAUCGAAGCGAGACAUUGUCAGAAUGCUUGACCUUGCUGCAAUUAAUUGCCAACAGGGAUUCAGCGUAUGCUCGAUUCUUGAAUGAGAUACAACCGACAUCCCCCGAUCAAGAGUGGGACAUGAUCAAUGCACGAUUGGUAAUUGAAAGCGCCACUCGGAGGAUCGAGGCGGGAUUCAUAAGAGACUUGAACCAACGUGUACUGGACUGGAAAGGUCUGAGUCCUUUUGGCCUUGGCCAAGUCCUCCCUCUAAAGCAUGGCCAUAGCUUGAAACGUAUCUAUUUGAGGGUGCCCUUCUCUUCUGUUCAGAAGUCUACGGGGACUCGCAGAAAGCACAUGGUGUCUUGA